GUAUUUAUAAACUUCACUUGUUCAGGAGAUACACGGUUGGAUUUAUGUUUUAAUUUCUUCAUCUGAGUGAAGGCUGUAUUAGUGAUUUAGUUACUGACAGCACACAGGUUAUGACUUCUAAAUGAGUUUUCGUAGAGAUGACGACUGUGUCUGACAGUGAUGACCAAGAAUCAAUUGUUACUGGUUGGUGCACACUGUUUAAACAAGGAACAGACUUUGAUACAUGGGGACAGCCGCUGGAGGCUACAGAAAUGUACCAGAGCUUAUCCAAGCAGCUGCACCACUGUUCCAUGAGUGACAAUGGUAUUUUCACAGAUAAACAAAAGAAAUUCUUGGAAAAAAUUAGAGUUUGCCUGGAUUCACGUUCAAAAUUUCUUCAGGACCGUGUAUCAAAGGAGGGCAUAUCCUUGGAAGAUCUCCUGAAACUAGAGUCAACUCUGAAGAACCUUUGUCUGAAACCAAGUGAGAAUUUUCCAGUAGAUGUGCGAGCAGCUCAGCUCCAGACUCGGAAGUAUCCAAACAGUCUCCACACUUCCAAUGAUGAAGACAAGCCAUCACAAAGAGUUUUAGGCAACCUUUUACCUAAGCCUCUGCCGAUAGCCAACAUGCGAUACCUGAGUGUCCGAGUGGAAAAGAUGGGCUUGAAGGAUGCUUCCCAAUUCAUAGAUCCCUUCAUCUGUGUGUCUGUCAAAGAUGUGAAAGGCCACAACCUAACAGCCAUACAGAACACCCCAAUAGCCUCGGACAAGCAGGACACAUGUGUGUUCUUUAAUGUAGACGUCCAUAUACAGAAGACGUUAGAAAGUCUGCCACCAGGAUUUGCUGUGUUCUUUGAAUUCAAACACUUCAAACCGAAGAAGAAAACUACAAGCACAAAAUGUUGGGCAUUUCUUGAGCAGGAUGAAAUCAAAGAGGGACCAACUUAUCUGGAGUUAUACAAGAAGCCGACAGAUCCUUGCCGAAAGAAAGUCCACUUGUUGACAGUUAAACCCUUGUAUCUACACUUAAAGCUGUCUCUAGAUUCUUAGUAGUGAUUGGUUUCAUGCAUGUAACCUAUGUAGUGGAGUCAGUAUUGGGAGAUAGGAAGAAAUUGUUGUACAAUCGUGUAUACUUUUGACAAGUUAUACAAUGCAAGAGUGUUCACUGAUAGCAGGACUUGCUGUAGAAGUCAGAGUUAACUUGAUAAGCAGAUACAUUGUUUGUUAUCUUGAUUUCCUUUAAACAUGCAAGGAAUGUUUCCAUUUGGUCGUAGAGGACUAGAAAAUACCAGACGUUACUGAAUAUAGUUUGCUGUUUGCCAGUCAACUUGUCCGAAGUAUUUUCACACACACAUCAGUCAUGUUAUUUCAGCAUACUAUCAAUAGAAGCAACAUAUUCUGACACCUCUCUGUCCUAUUAGGAUGUGACGUUUUGGAUUAGAUCGUUAUUACUUAUUGAAGUAUUAUAUCCUAUGCAGUGGUAUAAGAUCCUAUACUGAAAUGUUGACACAUGAUGGAAGAAAGUAGUUGUCUUCCAUAACGGGAUCUUUCCUUUACUGUAACUCACCAACUUCUAAAAUGUCCAUCAAACAGACCAGCUAACUAGGACACAAUUCCUGACAGGCCUAUGAAAAGAAAUUAAGGUCAGGGUAUGAAACUCCCCAAAAUUUCAGCCAGACCACAGGGCUGGUUAGAUGUAAAACUUGCCAGCCCUGACCAAAACUUACCUGCCCACAAAUAAUUUAGGUUUG